GCUGUCUGCCUGCCUGGCCUGUGUACCAAUCUGUCUCUCCCACUAUCCACUGCCUCCCACUUGGAGCCAGCAUCCCUACUCAGUCCUACAGCUUAGACUGGGUCUUCCAUCACCAUCACCAUCACCAUAGGGCCGUAAAGGGGCUGGGUGGACACUAGGAUCCGCCCUCCCAUCCCCGGGCACUGUUCCUUCCUCAUUUUGUGGCUGAUUCUAGCCCCAAACGAAACAGGUUAAGCCUUUUUCCUCCCUCUGGCAGCUCAUCUCUGGCUGUGGCUACCUUCUGAGGCACUGCAGACAGCACCAGCUGAAUCAGGGGAGCCUGGGCCAACCCUGCCAGCACUAGGACAGUGCACUUGGCCCCUGAGCCUCUCAGGCCUGUCUGUGGCAGGAGAGCAAGCUUUGCCGUGGAAAUCUCCUGAGGAUGAUGCCCCAGCUUCAGUUCAGAGAUGCCUUUUGGUGCAGGGACUUCACGGCCCAUACAGGCUACGAAGUGCUGCUGCAGAGGCUGCUGGAUGGCAGGAAGAUGUGCAAGGACGUAGAGGAGCUGCUGAGGCAGAGGGCCCAAGCGGAGGAGCGCUAUGGGAAAGAGCUGGUGCAGAUUGCUCGGAAAGCAGGCGGCCAGACAGAGAUCAACUCCCUGAGGGCCUCCUUUGACUCCCUGAAGCACCAAAUGGAGGACGUGGGCAGCUCCCACAUCCAGUUGGCCCUGACUCUGCGUGAAGAGCUGCGCAGCCUCGAGGAAUUCCGAGAGAGGCAGAAGGAACAGAGGAAGAAGUAUGAGGCCGUCAUGGACCGUGUCCAGAAAAGCAAGCUGUCACUCUACAAGAAGGCCAUGGAGUCCAAGAAGACAUAUGAGCAGAAGUGUCGGGACGCAGACGAUGCUGAGCAGGCCUUCGAGCGCGUUAGUGCCAAUGGCCAACAGAAGCAGGUGGAGAAGAGCCAGAACAAAGCUAAGCAGUGCAAAGAAUCGGCCUUGGAGGCAGAGCGGGUGUACAGGCAGAACAUAGAGCAGCUAGAGAAGGUGCGGGGUGAAUGGGAACAGGAGCACCGGACUACCUGUGAGGCCUUCCAGCUGCAAGAGUUUGACAGGCUGACCAUCCUCCGCAAUGCCCUGUGGGUACACUGCAACCAGCUCUCCAUGCAAUGCGUCAAGGAUGAUGAGUUCUAUGAGGAGGUGCGGGUGACACUGGAAGGUUGCAGUGUGGAAUCCGACAUCGACAGCUUCAUCCAGUCCAGGAGCACGGGCACGGAGCCCCCAGCUCCGGUGCCCUACCAAAACUACUACGAUCGGGAGGUCGCCCUAUCAACCAGUAGUCCUGGCAUACAACCAUCCUGUGGCAUGAUAAAAAGGUUCUCUGGGCUGCUGCAUGGGAGUCCCAAGACCACACUCUUGACAGCUUCUGCAGCUUCCACAGACACUGUGACCCCUACCCCAAAUCGGAAUGAGUGUGUCUACACCACUGUCGCAGUGCAGGAGGCACCAGGACCCCCCAACCUGCCAGCCCAGGACUACAGGGCGCUCUAUGACUACACAGCCCAGAAUUCCGACGAGCUGGACAUCUCUGCAGGGGACAUCCUGGAGGUCAUCCUGGAAGGGGAGGAUGGCUGGUGGACAGUGGAACGGAAUGGGCAGCGUGGCUUUGUCCCUGGAUCCUACCUAGAGAAGCUCUGAGGAAGGGGCAGCAGCCCCCACCAGGACCUGCCCUGUCUGUGGGGCCAACAGUGCCUCCAUCACUGCAGGGCUAGGGGCCCCAAGACCAACACAGCCCCUCUGCACAGGUGCUGGCUACUCCCUGAGCAGUAUUUCCUGCAGGAAAUAAACGAGUGCAUUCUUUCUC